AUGCCAUCCAAGCUCGUCAAGUCCCUCGCCCUGGCACUGGCUGCAUCUUGUGUGAGCCUUGGACUUGCCUCACCAAGACCAUGUGUUCGACAAGGCGCGGCGGAGAUUGCAAAGCCCAUCAACGGAGCGAGCCCGGCGAAGGCAGCGAGCCCGGAAAUAGCAAAGGCAGCGAGCCCAGUAGAAGCGGCGAUCCCGGCCAAGGCGGAGAGCACAGUAGAGGCGGCGGUGCCAGCAGCAGAGACAGUCGCCGGUUAUGUCAAUGCCGUCUACUUUACCUCCUGGAGCAUCUACGACCGGAAAUACCAGCCAGAUGAUCUCCCACUCUCCGACAUUACCCAUGUGCUCUAUUCCUUCCUUAAACUUUUGCCAAACGGCACGGUCGUUGCCGGUGACCCAAAUGCCGAUCUGGAGAGGAGAUUUCCGACCGAUGUCUGGGGGGAGUCUGGAACGAAUGCCUAUGGCUGUGUCAAACAGCUCUACCGGCUCAAAAAGGAGAAUCGAAUGACCAAGUUGAUGCUCUCGAUCGGCGGCUGGGGAUCAUCCGCCAAUUUUGCCGGCGUUGCGGCAACACCGGAAACUCGGGCCAUCUUUGCCGAGACAGCCGUCGAGCUUAUGAAGGACUGGGGGUUUGAUGGUAUUGACGUCGACUGGGAGUAUCCCCAGAACGAAAUAGAGGGCAACCAUAUGCUCCUCCUCCUCCGCGCCGUCCGGCAAGAGCUGGACAAGUACGCGGCUACAUUUGCCCAUGGCCACCACUUUGAGCUCUCGAUUGCCGCGCCGGCCGGCCCGGCUAACUAUGCAAACUAUCCUCUCUACGAGCUUGGCCAGCUGCUCGACCACGUCAACAUCAUGGCCUAUGACUUUGCCGGCCCCUGGAGCAAGACGAGCGCGCACCACGCAAACCUUUACAUGAACAGCGAGAACCUGGAGUCAACAUCACUAGCCGCCGACGGUGUCGUGCAGCACUACUUGGAUGAAGGCGUGCCAGCUGCUAAGAUGAUCCUAGGCAUGCCCGUCUACGGCCGGUCCUUUCAGCAAACGGGCGAUAUCGGCAGGCCCUAUAAUGGCAUCGGUGACGGGAGCUGGGAAAAGGGGGCGUGGGAUUAUAAGGCUCUGCCCAAAGCGGGGGCGACGGUCCGAUUUGACAACAUCUCGAUGGCGGCCUACAGUUACGAUGCCAGUACCAAGGAGCUCAUCUCCUUUGACACGACCGAGACGGUAGUGGCCAAGGUUGCUUACCUUAAGUCCAAGGGACUCGGCGGCAUCGCUCGGCAGGCUCGACACGUCUCAGAACUGGCUCGACUAUCCGGACUCGAAAUACGUAAACAUCCGCAAGGGGUUGUCAUGAACGGCAGAGGUCCACGGCGCAAGGUGGCCUUCAAGCAGCAGCCUGAGGUACCGCGGCGUGCCAUCGAAGCUCCGCCUGCAGAGAUGCCAGAUGCCAUGCCUCACCGAAGCCAUGGUUCCGAUAUCGUGAGGGGCGGCGAUGAUGCUGCCGCGAAGCAAGGGUCUCACGUGCCAUCGAAGCAUGACAAGUCAGUCGGCAGCGGUGGUGGGUUGAUGCUCACGUCAUGCGAGCGCUGUCGGAGCCAAGAGGUCGAUCCAAAGGUUCCUCCGUUUCGUUCGGCCCCCAACGGUGGACAAGGAUUAUCCAUCCAUUCAUCCAUCCAUGCCAUGGCGAGAACGAGAAGAUGGCGGGAUGCCAUGCGACUUGCCGAAUGUCGCCAGAUGCACGACGAUGGAUGCUGGCUGCGCUCGGCAGUCGUUGCUGCUCUCUGCGGCCGACCGGGAGGCGAUGGCGAUGCGGAGACGAUGAUGGAGGAGCCAGGCAAGAAUGGCGACGCGUUCGAUGUGCAGAACGCUUCCCAUGCGAGUCCCGAUAUGACUUUGAAUGCAAACUCUGAUCUUGACCUCCCAAGUGACUGCAGCGAUUGA